AUGAUUUCCCUCACCGUCUUUCUACUGUCUUUGAUCGCUCUCAGCGCCGCCCAGAACCAGACCGUCUCUUUAUUCAUCCCUGAUGCGGAUCCGCAAAGCCUUGUUGGGUCGAUCGUUGGGGGAGAUGCCACAGCAACCACCUAUGUUGUUCAGUGCGCCAAUGGUGGAUCCAACGGUGCGGCAGCUACCACCGCAGCAGCAGCCACCACCGCACCCGCCGCGGCAACUACCGACUCUGGCGACGAUGGGAGUGAUUCGUGCGGGCUUCCAACUCCUCUAACCCUUGUGGAGGGCCCAUCGACUGUCGCCUAUUCACUCGCUCUCGAUGACUCUGUCGUAUCCGUCAACUGCGUUCUUUCAGGCACUUCGGUAGCAGUGUGCACCGCGGCAGCCAGCGGUGCUAUCCUAAGCCAGGAGACUGGAGUACCCACCCUGACAGCCACCACUCUAUCUGGCACCGACGUCUCCUACCUGCCCGUAAUUAUCACGGCCGGCUCAGUCACUAAUACUGCAUCAACACUCACAUCUACCACUGCAUCGACCACUGGGGGAGCGAAGGGAGGAUCGAACGGUGGCUCUACAACCUCGAAUGGUGGAACACAGACGCAAACCGGUAGCACCACCAGCGCGUCAACGAAAGCGAGUGGUGCUGCUAUGCACAUGGGACCAGCGAUGGGUAUGGGAGCAGCGGGUGCCUUGGCGGCCAUUGCUGCUGUGGUACUAUAA